CGUCAACAUGAGCAGCAUAGUAGAUCCGAGGAUCUUGUGCAUCUGGUUAUUCAAACGGCCAACUCCGUCAGCUCAACCACCCAACUUCCAACGUAGUCCGGCCCUUUUCUCAUCCUACAGUUCUGACCCAUGCGGAUGGACCUUUUCCUCACCGGUUUUUUCUUUUUUCUUUGAACUCUGUAGAGAUGCGUUUGGCUUCCCAAUCACCAAGGCUGUGAUGCAUGCAAGUGGAUGCGAGUCGAGUGCGUUGCGUGUCCGAUCAAGAUCUCCAAUGCAGUCAGGGCGUCUGUGAGAGCCCAGGAAUGUCUGCAGGAGGUUAGAGUACUGGCUGCUACUAGACAUACCAGACGUGAAGGCGUUGAGACAGCGCCUCUUCCAAAAACACGCGAUUUUCUCUCAGGUUUGCAAUCGAACUCUGGGGGUGACACCCCUCAGCUUUCAAGCGGUCCAGGAGCACUGGCAUCGUCCACCAUUACUUCUCCAACCCCCUUUCAUGCAUUGCAGAGUAACGCGGAGAACCUUUCACUGGAUGAACCACUCCCUAUUACCGUCUCGAAUAACUUGGGCACCUUCCCUUUCGUUGAUAACACCUCUUCCACUUCCACGAUGAUCCUCCCAACGCCUGUACUCGGAUUAUCUCCACACGUGCGCGGUGGGAGUAGGGAAGAGCCCAUCCUGGACGCCUCAUCCCUCGCCUACUCGGAUCAUCUUCCUUAUGGUGAAUUUGCCUUCCCCAACUUCGCAUCUUCCUCCUUCGACAUCACUCCUCACUGGGGAAUGUCGACUUAUAAUAGCAAAAACUUGGACCCUACCACUGCAACGUCGUCGCACCGCACUGCCAACGAUGAACUUUCUGCUGGACCAUCUCGCGCACGCGACACACCAUUGAACAGUACGCCGGCUGAAACUUACCUGGAGUUCCCAGAAACGCGUCCGAGCUCCUCGACGAACUCGGAUGCUUAUAUUUGGCUUUCUCGUUUGGCUCAGGGUAUGGGAUAUCGUCUUGUUCCGCUUUGAAGUUAGGGUUUUUUUUUCCGGAAUGUGAUCUCCUAGACUCUUUUUUUUUUUUUACCCUAUGGUUCUAAUGUAUAGUUCUGCCAUCUUAUCGUCUGUAGUAACUAUUUCCCCGUUUUGGUACAUUUCUGUGGUUUUUUUUUUUCCUUUGCUUAUAUUCUCGAGUGCUUGAACGUCAGACUCGUAAUACCUUGUACCGCUGUUCGAC